ACGGUAUACUUUGAUUGUGUUCUUAUUCUAAGUAAUUGCUCAUAUUGAAAAGUGACAGUUGUGGUUGUAACUUGUUAAUAGCAAGUCACAUGCAUUCUCCCAAAAGCUUUAACCAACGAACCCCCAAAUAAUUGCCCACUCCCAUCAACCUUCACAAGAUUUUGCUAUAAAAAAAUAAAAAGAAAAAAGAAAAACCUUCACAAGAUUUAUAUUGCUCAACCCUACCUUUACUCUUGUCUUCUCUUCUCUCACGAUAAUUAUAUAAAUAAAUAAACAUAUAACAUAUAUAAUGAUCAAUACAUACUCUCCAACAAAUUCGUUACUUUUCUUCUUCUUUCACUUCAAUAAUAAUAAUAUACACUUAAUUAAGGGGCCCUUCAUAUGGCUAAAGAUUCAGAACCAGAAAAUCAUAACAAUGAUGAGAUAUCAACAACAAACCUAGGAAUAAGAUCAUCAUCACAAUACCCAUUAGACUCAAACUCAUACAAAAUCCUCCACGAGAUCGGAGCCGGAGUGAGUGCAGUGGUCUACAAAGCCAUUUGUUUGCCCAAGAACUCAGCCGUGGUGGCCAUCAAAUCCAUAGAUCUGGACAUCAAGUCUCGUACAGAUUUCGAUAAUGUCCGACGCGAAACGAAGAUGAUGUCACUCCUUUCUCAUCCCAACAUACUCAACGCUCACUGCUCUUUCAUGGUGGACCGUCGUCUUUGGGUGGUCAUGCCCUUCAUGUCCGCUGGCUCACUACAGUCCAUUAUCGCUUCUUCUUUCCCCAAUGGCUUGUCGGAGCCCAGUAUAGCUGUCGUUCUUAAGGAGAUACUAAACGCAUUGUCCUAUCUCCAUGAUCAAGGCCAGCUCCACCGUGACAUUAAGGCAGGUAAUAUUAUGAUGGAUGCAAAUGGAUGUGUUAAGCUAGCAGAUUUCGGUGUGUCGGCAUCUAUAUAUGAGUCAAACUCAAACCGUGGAUUGUCAACGUCAUUGUCAUCCUUAACAGACGUGACUGGAACUCCGUACUGGAUGGCACCAGAAGUGAUUCACUCACACAACGGCUAUGGAUUCAAAGCUGACAUUUGGUCUUUUGGGAUUACAGCUUUGGAAUUAGCUCACGGUUGUCCUCCAUUAUCUCACCUCCCUCUAUCCAAGUCUCUCCUCAUGAAGAUAACGAAGCGGUUUCGAUUCUCUGACUAUGAAAACACCAAAAACAACAAAAACAAGCAGAGAUUCUCCAAGAGUUUCAAGGACAUGGUUGGCUUAUGUUUGGACCAAGACCCCACCAAGAGGCCUACUGCUGAGAAGCUUCUCAAGCAUCCUUUCUUUAAGAAUUGUACCAAAGGUCCUGAUUUUCUUGUCAAAAAUAUUUUGCAUGGCUUAUCUAGUGUUGAAGAUAGGUUCAACAAGUUGAUCACCACCAAUAUUACUACUACUACUACUACUACUACUCUUCAACAUCGCCACGAUGAUGAUGAUGAUGGCGAUGAUGAUGGCGAUGGAUCUUGCAUUAUAAGAGAGAAACAAAGAAGGAUUAGUGGGUGGAACUUUAAUGAAGACGGGUUCAAACUUGACCCGGUAUUCCCAACUCAGUCGGUUAAUGAAGAAGUAGUAGAAGACAAUUCUGUUGCAAAACAGGUUAGUUUUGGUGGUGAAACCGUUAUGAAUAAAGCUGAUAGUAAUAGUACUAACAAAGAAAAGAAUAUCAAUAUCAUAAACAAUGUUGAUAGAUUAUUUGUUGACGAGUUUAGUGAGUCACAAGAUAGUGGUUGUGUUAGUGAGUUAAUGGGCGAGUCAUCAUCACCAAUGAGUAGUUUAUUAAGUUGCAGUGCUGGUGAGUUAGUGAGCGAGUCAAGGCCUAGUGAGAUUAGUUCUACAGUUGGUGGUGUUGAUAGGGAAAAAAUGUUGGAAAGUAUUCAACUUAUCAAAAGGAGUGUGGAGGAAGAGAGGCGUGUAUUAAUGGAGGUUUUGAAGGUGUUGGGAUUAGUUGAGAAUUAUGAUAGUGGCGAUCAUCAUCAUAAUACUACGGUAAUUAGCAGAGAGGAGUACUUGGCACAGACCAUUGAGAAGUUGAGAUGUGAACUGGAAAUGGAGAAGAAGAAGAGCUUGGAUUUGGAAAUGGAGAUCGAGUUUCUCAACCAUCAAAUUUCUUCUAUCUCACGUAAUCAUGACUAUACAUAAUAAAUAUAUAUAUAUAUUAAUAUUUAGAAAAUUAGGGAAAAGUUAGUAAUGUAACUUAAUAAUGAGUUAUACAUUAGAUAAUAUUAAAAUAUAUUAUAAUAAUAUAUCAUAUAAUUAUGGGCGUCACUACGAAAAGUUGAUGAUCAC